AUGAUUAUUUUGUUAUUUGUGUUGCAGGCUAUCCACAAGGUUGAUCAUCCUGAUAUGGCAUCGUACGAGGAGGAUUUACGUUAUCUUAAAGAAAAAGUUGAUUAUGGAGCAGAUUUUAUUAUAACACGAUUAUUUUUUCAACCAGCAACAUUUAUUAAAUUUGAAUCUGAUUGUCGAUCUAUUGGCAUCCAAUGUCGAAUUAUUCCUGGAAUAUUUCCUAUUCAAGCGUAUGCAAGUUUCAAGAAUAUUGUUCGAUUAGCCAAAUUAGAUGUACCUGAGGAAAUCCUUGCCUGUAUCGAACCUAUUAAAUAUAACGGUGAAGCCAUACGGAAUUUCGGUGUUCAAAAAUGUGUUGAUCUUUGCCGAACAUUAUUAGACUCUGGUAAAAUUCAUGGACUUCAUUUCUAUACAUUAAACCGUGAAUAUGCAACGAUUGAAAUUUUAAGAAAACUUGAUCGCUGUGUAAGACCAAAAUCUUAUGUUCAUCGUACAUCGAAUUGCGAAGAAUUUCCAAAUGGACGUUGGGGUUUGCCGUUUGCACCGUCGUUUGGUGUUUUAACUGAUUAUCAUUUAUUCUAUAUAAAAAUCGAUGCAACACGCGAUGCAUUACUUGAUGAAUGGGGGCAUGAGCUAGCCGAUAAACAAGAUGUUCGGAGAAUGUUCGCUUGCUAUAUAGCCGAUGAGAAAAAUGGUAGAGUUAAAAUAGUACAUCAUUUUCCAUGGAAAGACGAAGAUAUAUCAUCUGAAACAAAUUUCAUUCAUGAUCAUUUAAUUAAAUAUAAUCGAAAAGGAAUUUUGACAAUUAGUUCUCAACCAGCGGUUAACGGAAAAUCAAGUACGGAUUCAAUAUUUGGUCGGGGCAUUAAAAAAUGGUUAUGUUUAUCAAAAAGCUUAUUUAGAAUUUUUACAAGUGAAAAAAAUAUUCCGGCUUUACGGGCUGCUCUGAAAAAGUUUCCUGGUGUUAACUAUCAUUUUGUGAAUAAAUCCGGUGAGGUUAAUGAAACAAGUACCGAAGGCGAACAACCAAUUGCAUUGAUAUGGGGUGUUUUUGCAGCUAGAGAAAUUAUUCAACCAACAGUUGUCGGCCCGAUUAGUUUUAUGAUCUUUUAA